AUGAAUUAUUUUUUAAUUUUAUUAAUCACGUUUGUAUCAUUUCAAACAAGUAAGACAGAAUCUACUGAUAUAAAAAAUCAUUUUAAUCAAUCAAAAAUAAAACAAUGGUGGAUUGAAAAACAUUAUCCAACAUCAAUAACUAUUGUAAAUGAUCAAUCACAGAUUUCAUCAUCGUCGUCAUUUGAAUUCUGUGUACCAUUUCAUACUUGUCCAACAAAUUUAAAUCGUACUAUAUUAGUUAUAUUGGUUUCUAUAUUUAUUCUGGGCAUUUGUUUCUAUUAUAAUUGUUAUGAAUAUUGUAUGGUGAAACACCAACUUGACGUUGAAAAACUUAGACGAUUACAACAAUAUCAAUAUGUUAACAAUUUUGUACAUAACCAAGGUUUUUCUAUUUAA